AUGACAGUGGUUACUAAGGGGGAGUGUCUACAUACAUCUGCGGUUUUGUCAGGCGUACACAGUUUGGUUGUUUGCUUCUUGAAGAGGCUGCGAGGAAAAGAUGAUGUUAUUAAUGCUGGUGUAGCUGGAUGUUGCACUGGACUUGCUCUAAGUUUCCCAGGUGCACCCCAGGCACUUCUUCGGAGCUGGCUCACGUUCCGAGCAUUCUCGUUUAUCAUGGAAGGGCUUAACAAGCAGCAGCCAGCGCUGGCACGUUCAUUUCCUGCGAGAAACGAGAGCAGAAAACGCCCUCUGGCUCUCCCUCUUUCACUCCCUCUUCCAGAUGAGCUCCGAGGAGCUUUUUCUUCUUUCUGCAAGUCCUUAGUAGAACCAAAUAAAGGCAGUUUUUGACAGCUAACUGAUCGGGGUUGCCAUUUUUAUGUUUUCGUGUUUUGUAUAUUGUUUCAAGUGCGAGUGGUGAGAUUGUACACCGAAAAAUUUUGUUAAAGUUUUUGAAGCAUUUGCAAGCAGAAAUAUGAAAUUGUUUCUUUCAUGUUGCA